AUGAAAUCAUAAGCUAAUUAAUUAUUAGAGAAGAUGAAUAAUUGUAGCAUACACGUUAAAUAAAAUUCAAAACCAUCAAUUCAUUUUAAAAAAAUGGUUCUAACUUAUCAUUGGAGUCUAGCAAUUAAUAAACUUUAAAAAAUUUUCAAUCUAAGAUGUAAAUUGCCAUUAGAAAUGAUAAAAAAUGAAGAUUUUAUGACAAAAUAAUCAAGAUCUGAAUAGAAUAGUCAGAUAUUUAAAAAAAAUUUUAAUAAACAUGUUCGAUAUUUGUCAUAAUAAAAUUAAGUUGAAACUAAUUCUUAAUAAGAAAAUGAUUUUAAUUCAGAUGAAAUAGAUGAUUCAAGAUUAAUUUAGGAGAAUAGUCCAAAUUAAAAUAAAAAUCUUAAACUGGAAAUGAAGUACCUUCAUAGUCAGUAUAGUGAUGUAAAGGAAUCAGCCCAUUUUCGAAACUAAAACAGUUUAGAUCAAUUAAGAUUUAAUGAAGAAUUUUUAGAGCUAUUUAAAAAACAAAGAGAGUUGAGUUAAUUUGGAUAGUUGUGUAAACAUAGAUAUGAUUAUCUUAGCAUAAAAUAAAAUCAAAGAAUAAGAAAUUUUAAUAAAGAAAAUCAUAGAUAGUAGACCAAGUAAACAAAAUCCAGAUUUUAAAACAUUUCUUACUCUUUUAAAAAAGCCUUAGAUAGAAAUUCAACAACCUAAAAUAUAAUAAUAAAAUUAAUAGCCUGUAUUUAUGAUUGUUGUUAUUUUUUUCAUUAGCUUGAUUAGUUUGUAUUUAAUAGUUUGA